CGCAGACAGUAUACUCAUAAAAAUGGCGUCUAUGCCUUAUUGCGUCAGGUGUUUCUGCUGUCAAAAUAAUUUUUAAUUUUACAUUCCCAUCAUUAACAAAAUUAAAUAAAAAACAGUGUUUUAUAACCAUUUUUUCGAUUAAAAAUGGGAAUAUUUUUUUCAAAGAAGAAAAAUGUGAGUCGUGUCACGGAGCAGGAUAAGGCCGUUUUACAAUUGAAACAAACAAGAGAUAAGAUUAAACAGUAUCAGAGAAGAAUUGAACAAGGUAUUGAAAAGGAGAGGCAAAUUGCUAAAAAAUUAUUAGAGAAAGGACAAAAGGAUCGAGCAUUACUGCUGUUACGUAAAAAGAAAUUUGAAGAGCAAAUACUCUCGAAAACUGACGGUCAAUUGGAUAAUUUAGAAAGAUUGGUACACGAUUUGGAAUUUGCUCAAGUUGAAAUUAAAGUAAUCGAUGGAUUAAAAGUGGGAAAUACAGCACUAAAAAAAUUGAAUGAUGUCCUGUCGAUCGAAGAUAUUGAAAAAGUUAUGGAUGAGACACGAGAAGGUGUCGAGAAGCAAAAUGAAAUAAAUGAAAUUUUAAUGGGAACAUUGACUGAUGAAGACGAAGCUGAGGCCGAAGCUGAACUUGACGAAUUAUUGAAAUUAGAUGCAAAGGAAACAAUUCCUGAGACGCCUGAGGCUCCUAAGAUUAUUGUGACGCCUGAAGAAGUGCAAUUACCAGAUGUACCUGAAGAAUUGCCAACGAUAGAAAAAGACUCUGCCAAAAAGAAGAAGGAAGGAAAAUUCGAAGAACCAAUUGCUCUCGAGGCGUGAACUAAUUGUUACAGUUUGUAUAUAUAAAAAUCUGUACAGUCUACACUAAUCGUCGUCAUUGAUUUUAAUAUAUUUCUUUUCUUUAGAUUCACGACAUUCAUAAACUGUUAUAGCAAAAAUCGAAAAACGAUUAAGUGUACCUAUAAAAAAUUUAUUUCAUAUUUCCAGUAUAUCUAAGAAUGUCAACCAAGAAAAGAGAAAAUUAUGUACGUGCUGAAAAAGAAAACCCAAACUGUGUGAUAUUUUACUUACUGACUUUUUAUUACUGUAUAAAAAAUAA